UACGGAUGCCCUUUUUGCUUACAACAAUCGAAAUUCACCCACAAAAAAAAAGGACAAAAGACGGGGGAAAAAUGGUGAGGCCCGACGCCACCUUGCCGCUCUCCGACCCGGUUCCGUACACUCCGUUGUCCGACGGGUCGUCAGGACCCGAACCGGAUCCGGCCCGGCGGAGACGAGCCAUCAUGGGCCCACUCGCCGUCUCCUCCGGCCUCUUCCUCGUCGCUCUCUACGUCGCUCUCAUCGCCACUCACGACGGCUCAUCGCCGCAAGCUGACGUCAUCGGCGCCGGAAACGCGACCGUCACGCCGGAUUCACGUGCGCGUGUCGCCGGAGUCUCGGAGAAGAGCACCGACCGGUUGAGAUCCUUCGGCUUAUGGAACGGAGCUCCGGCGACGGCGGAGUUCCCGUGGGACAAUAGCAUGCUGAAUUGGCAGAGGACGGCCUUCCAUUUUCAGCCUGAGAAGAAUUGGAUGAACGAUCCUAACGGUCCAUUGUUCUAUAAGGGAUGGUACCAUUUCUUCUACCAAUACAACCCGAAUGCAGCUGUGUGGGGAGACAUUGUCUGGGGCCAUGCCGUCUCGAAGGACCUCAUCCAUUGGGUCCACCUCCCCUUAGCCAUGGUCCCUGACCAAUGGUACGACGCCAAUGGCGUCUGGACCGGCUCGGCUACCAUCCUCGACGACGGCUCCAUCGUCAUGCUCUACACCGGUUCUACCAACGAGUCCGUCCAGGUUCAAAACUUGGCCUAUCCUGAGGACCCGAACGAUCCCCUCCUACUGAAAUGGGUGAAAUAUUCCGGCAACCCGGUCCUCGUCCCUCCGCCGGGGAUCCACCCCAAGGACUUCCGAGAUCCGACCACGGCAUGGCGGACUUCCGCCGGAAAAUGGCGUUUCACCAUCGGCUCCAAGCUCAACCGCACCGGAAUCUCCCUCCUCUACGAUACGACCGACUUCAAAACCUACCAGCAGCUCCCCUCCCUCUUGCACCGAGUCCCCGGCACCGGCAUGUGGGAGUGCGUUGACUUUUUCCCUGUCUCCACGACCUCCUCGGUCAACGGCCUCGACACCUCGGUCAAUGGUCUCGACGUUAGACACAUCGUCAAGGCUAGUCUGGACGACACGAGGAAUGACCAUUACGCGAUCGGGACAUACUACGACGAGAACGGGACAUGGGUUCCGGACGAUGCCGAGAUCGACGUCGGGAUCGGUCUGAGGUACGAUUACGGGAAAUUCUACGCGUCGAAGACGUUUUACGAUCAGAACAAAAGUCGGAGGAUCUUGUGGGGUUGGAUCGGUGAGUCAGACAGCGAGGGAGCUGACAUAAAGAAGGGUUGGUCCUCUCUUCAGAGCAUUCCAAGAACCAUAGUCCUGGACACAAAGACGGGGAAGAACUUGGUCCAAUGGCCGGUCCAAGAGAUCGAAUCUCUCAGACUAAGCAUCAAGAAAUUCGACAUGGAGGUCGGGCCGGGAACCAUAGUUCCGGUUGAAGUGGGCCCGGCGGCUCAGCUAGACAUCGAGGCCGAGUUCGAGAUCGAGAAGGAAUCUCUCGAAAGAUUCAUCAGAGAAGAUUCCUCUACCGACGGGGAAUUCAGCUGCCAAAGCACGACAACACGUGGCGCUCUCGGGCCGUUCGGAUUCUCCGUGCUCGCGGACGAGAGCUUGUCGGAGCAAACUAGGGUUUACUUCUAUGUGGCUAAGGGCAAAGAUUCGAAGCUCAAUACUUUCUUCUGCACCGACACCUCAAGGUCGUCGGUGGCAAACGAUGUGGACAAGCGCAUAUACGGAAGCUUCACACCAGUAUUAGAGGGAGAGAAAUUAAGCAUGAGAAUCCUGGUGGAUCAUUCGAUAAUAGAGGGAUUCGGACAAGGAGGGAGAACGUGCAUAACGUCGAGGGUGUAUCCGACAAAAGCAGUUCAUGGGGGAGCCAAGCUGUUCUUCUUCAACGACGCCACAGGAUCCAACGUUACGGCGUCGUUUAAGGUCUGGCAAAUGAACAACGCUUUCAUCCGCUCCCCCCAUCUCUCUCUUCCCUCCAUGAAAUGAUCUCUCUCUCUCUCUCUCUCUCUCUCUCUCUCUCUCUCUUUUUGUUAUUAGCAUUUUCUCUCUUGCAAAUAUAUCUCUCCUUCUCCUUUUCGAUAUGAAGAACAUUGUUGAUCGAAAUUCUUUUUGUUGGUCGAAAUUUUGUUAUCUUUUCAUUUUUGUUUAGACAAAGAGGCGCUCUCACCAAUAUUGGGAUUUAAAUAAAGACCAUUAAUUUGGACCAA